AUGGUAAACAUUUUAGUGAGUUGUCUGACUCUACAAUUCUCGGUUGAGGAUCGUAACCGACAAGGAAUUCAGCAAAUGGACAGUAAAAUUCCUGGUCAAAUUUCACUAGAUAUUGUAUUUCGAUAUUCAAUUCCGGGUCGUCAAGCCAAUUUUGAAAAAGCUCCUAUUUUUGAAGAUACGAACUUGGAACUUUUUUUAGAUUUCUUAAUUUUGAAAGGAACUAUGCAACAAAUUCAAUAUGAACUUCACGCCUUUCAAGAAAUU